AGAAUCGGCGUAUGAGCAGGGCGAUGGGUGAGUUGUUUACUCCUGCCGACGAUGCUCACUUGUCCUCCCUUGGGAAGUCUGAGAUCGAUGCCCUCCAUGAGAGUUGGGCCGAGUUUUCCAUCAGGAUGACGGCUUACACCCGCCGAUGCUACAGUGGGGAUUCAGAUGAGGUAGAGAGGUUGAGGGAUGAGAUCGGGAAACUUCAGGAGAAAGAGAAGAUGCAUCUCUCGGAGGUGAGUGAGCUGAAGAAGAAGCUUCAUUGGACUGAGUCUGAGUUGGAUCGUGCUAAGAGAUGCAUUAAGAAUGACGAGGGGGAGCUCCAACAGGCCAAGGUUGAUCUUGCCAAAGCCAAGGAAGAUUCGACGAUUCUCACGAGCCAGCGUGAUUCCGUUAACCGGGCGCUGAAGGAUGUGAAAGCUGAGUUAGAGGCCGUCAAGGGUCGGCUUAAGACUUCCGAUGCUAGGAUUGGUGAGCUUUUGAGUUCGCAGAACCGUCUGAAGGAGAGGAUCAUCGAAGAGUGGAAGAAUUCCGAGGAGGGUGAGGCUCAUAAUGUUGAGAUAGGCCUUGAGGCGACUUCUGUUGUUACUUCCGCCACAUUGCGUCGAGUUCAGCUUGCUUUGGCUGAGUUUGCGCCCAAUGUAGGUUGGGAUGAGAUACAAGGAAAGUAUGAUUCUAUCUUGGCCAAGGAGCGAGAGGAUCUCAGAGCUCAGCUGGUUGCUCAGGACAAGGUCGAUGGAGGCAAGGGCGAUUCGUCUGAUUCUGAUUCUGCUAGUACUUCGGGUUCUGAUUCGAGCAGCAGUGGUGAUGAUGACGCUGGUAGCCAUGUUGAUGUCGUCGACCCUUAGGCGGAUGGUUGUUAUUUUCUUGUGUUGCUUUUGUUGCUUUCUUUUCGCGCCUAGUAUAAUGUAAUCUUUGAAGUAGAGGAACAUUGAUAUUGAACUGUAUUUGAUCCUUCGUAGAGGAACUUUGUUAAGAAACUAAAUCUAAGUACUUUUCGAGAUUUUGGCUCAAAAUUUUCUUUCGUUUCAUUCAACAUAGCCUUACACUUUAUUUAUUACAAUGAUGAAAUUACUUAUCAUUUGGCGUCAAUGCCCCUACCAUGCCCCUAUUACAUCAUUGA